AUGACUCCAAUGACUUUGAUUCACCAUUCGGUCGAUCUGAACUUCAGCACUGCUUUGAAUAGCAUCAGCACGAGUUCCUUCCUCACCGCCAACAUUUCAGCUCAAGACUUCCCAGUCUUCACCACGGAUUCCCAGUCAACAUGGCUUCCCAACUCAGCUUCCGCCCUGCCGGCACCAUCCGAGCACCUCUCCCUGAACCCCGUCGAGAAUCCCCAGCAGGACUUUGUCUUGUUCGACAACCCUCAGCCUCGUCAACAUAAUAGGAGUAUUCCUUUACCUAGCCAACGUCGUCACUCUUGUCACACCCGUCGCGAGAAGCACGCUUCACACGCAGUCCAAAAUCAACGAGUGGCCCAGAUACUCCAGGCUAUUGGGCACCCAUCACUGUCUUCUGCAUACGGCAAUCGUUUAUCGAAUCAGUUUUACGCAUCCUCUGCUCCAUCUUCAACGGUUUCUUUGAAUCGGUCUUCUCGCACUGCACGGCCACCAGUACCCUUGUUUAAUCAAAACGCUGGUAACCAAAAUCAAACCGCCAAGAUGAUGAACGCUGCAGGUUUGUGCAACCCUUCUAAUUUGCUUCAGCUUGAUCACUUUCGCUCACACUCUCCAACAGACGUCGAUUUGGACGACUUCACCUUUUUUGAAGGAGGUGCCUCCACGGCCUUCUCUUCUCCGGCAGUCGCUUCCAACUUUGACUUCAGCAGUGGCGCUUCCAGCGCUGCUUCUAAUCUUGGCACUGUGUCUCCCCAAGACCUCCUGAUUCAGGAGCCCUUCAUGUCAGCGCCGAACUCAGCGGCGCUGACUGCCUUGACCUCUCCUUCGCUGUACAAUGGCAGCCCUGAGUUUGAUUCAUAUGAUGUUUCUCCCAACUUUGGCAAUGCCGAAUUUGAGAACGGUCCUAGCGACGCCUGGUACUCACUGUUUCCUUCUGAUGCAGGCAGCCAAGAGCUUGCCAACGCAAGCGAGUCGCCUGCUCAGAAGCCUUUGGAAUCAGAGCCCAUGUAUCGAUCAUCAUCUUCUGGCAGUGGCAGUGGUAGCGGUAGCGGCAGGAAGAAGUCGUCUGGAUCCCCCACGGGUUCUACGCGACACUCUUCCGUCUCCGGUGUUAACUCUCGCCGACGAGACAAGCCCCUACCCCCUAUCAUUGUGGAGGACGCCAAUGACACCGUUGCCAUGAAGCGAGCUCGCAAUACCUUGGCUGCUCGAAAGUCGCGUGAGCGAAAGGCUCAGCGAUUUGAAGAGCUGGAAGAGCGUAUUGCGAAGCUGGAGGCAGAGCGUGAUCACUGGAAGAGGAUUGCACUGUCGCAAUCUGGAGCAUUGUCGGAGUGAAGAAGUAAUCAAGACGGAAGUUGUUUCACUUUCCUUUUUCGCUAUUAAUGUUUGACUAAAAACGGUUCCGAGGGAAGAUUGUAUUUACUAUUCGCAAUGUUGCGCAUCUGAUACUACUAAAGUAGUUCAUUUCUUUUUCAGAGUGUAAAUGUUACUAUUUCAUUUGACCUUGAUGUUCCUAUCGCAUUAAUGUGACCUCGUAUA